GCACUGGUUUCGCGGCAAUUUUCAGGACUGGUUUGAUUUUGUGUUGCCGAACAUUGUUUUCGACCAGCACCGCUCUCCGCAUAUUUCAUUGUCCUGUAAUUUUUCAAGAUUCUUGCAAUUUGAAACGAAUGCUGUGACUUCGACACUCCUGUGACACCGCUCCAGAAUCCGUCUGGCCUAAUUGAGCUACUCGAAAUGGAAGUGGAGACCGGCCAAGUGGAAAAUUUUAACGAAGCGUCGGAUGCCGGCGACAAAAUGGCGUCUGCAAAUGUUAGCGAAAAUGCCAAUAUUGAGACUGCUGCGGCGUCGUCGGAUCACGAGCUGAAAAUCAUGGAUGUAGAGGGUUCUGUUAUAGCAGAGGAGUUGCCAGAGGAAAGGGUGCCGAUGGUGAUUUUAGUGGAUGACGAUGACGACGAUCCGGCGGACGAAGAUAGACUGUCGCACGGCGAGCACGAAUUGGCUGACACAGACAUGGACGACGAUCAUGCACCGAUGGUGGCGGAGCUCCAGUCUGCUCUCAACAAUCCGGACGAGAAGCCAUUAGAUGACAACCACCCAGAUGAACGCGAACCGGAGGCGGACAACGUUUCCACCAAGACCGAACCCAGCAGCGACGCAGAAAGCAAUCACUCGUACGCCGAUCCGAUGGGAUUGCUGGAACGCCUCGACACCCAAGACGCCGAAAGCCAGGACGACGACGAGGACUUCAGCAUGGACGACAGCAGCAACGAGAAGACAUUGUUCCCUCGCAAGAAGAUGCCCCGCGCCAAGCGCUGGCUCCUCUGGAUGAAGCGCUGGCCUUGGAUUCUGCACGAAGACUCUGACGCCACCUACGCUUUCUGCCUUUACUGCAACAUGAACAUCAACGUUAACAACCGCGCCAAGCACAUCCAGCAGCACAACAUGUCGCUGUACCACCAGGAGCGGGAAUGCAACUACGUGGCUUUCAAGAAGAGUGAGGAGCAGACGCGAGGAACAACCAGUGACAUCGAAGUGAAGCACGAGUUCGGAACGAACAGCUACGUGGCUGCAAUGAAGCAGAAGCGUGCGAGUGAGAUCGAAGCCUUCAACAACUUCAACUGGCUGCGCUGGCUCCGCUGGCAUCCCUGGCUGGAGAGGGCACAGCCAACGGGCACCGUGGGGAUGUGCCGUGUGUGCAACGUGCGUAUGAACGUGGAGUUUGUUUACCUGCGAAAACGCCAUGAGGCGUCCAAGGGCCAUUUGGAAGCGGUGCGGCUGUACGACUCGGAUAAGCCCAACCGAAAGCGAAAACGAAGCAAGAGCGUCGCUGAAGCGGGCGAGCUGGCAUCGGAACAGCAACCUAUCGGCGAACAGGAGGGGGAGGAGGAAGACACAGCUGUAGUGAUGAUGAAUGGCGAUAUGUAUGUCAACGAUGAUCCUGGUCGGUGGUGUGAACUCAUUCCGGACACCAGUCCGCAACAGUGCCGAUGCACCCUCUGCAACUGCCGCAUGGUCAUCACCAGCUUCCUGCGCCACUGCAAAGCCAAGAUCCACUGUCAGAACUCUAUGGAGCUGUUACAAAAGCGGCCCUUGCAACGCGGCAUCUGGUCGGUGUACGCCGACGUGCAUCCCUGGAUGGUGGCCGAUCCAGAAGACCCCAGUAUCGCCUACUGCAGUAUUUGCCAAAAGCGUUUCAUGUACGGCAACUCGGAAAUCAAGCGAAAGAAUCACGAGAACUCGGAGAAGCACACAUCUGCGGUAGCCGCCCAGCAAUCCCAAGAAAUUCCCAUCAAUGAUGCAGAUGAUGAAGCUAAUCCUGCGGAGAAUCCGCUUGGCGAGGGGGAACUCGGAGUGCCCGCCCUUCUCGGAGCUCCCUCGGACAGUGAUGGCAGCGAGGAGGACUACAACAACGUUACCGACGACAACUGGUCCGAGACACAAAGAGCCAAGAAGACGAACUCCGCAAGAAGUGUCGGAGAACAACGUAAAGCGAAAAUCCGUGCCGGAAUUCGUUUCUACCCGUGGCUCUGCUACUCCAAGGAUAGAAAGGUGCAGCUGUGCAAGUUCUGCCGCGUGCGUUUUCAUAACGAUGCCGCCAAGGCGCGCCACGAGUUCAGCGCUCGACAUCAGAAGCUAGUGAAGCAGUAUAAAGCCCGACAAGCGCUGUUGCCUCCGGCUGAGAAGGAAGGUCACCAAGAUGAGGAGGAGGAACUAAGCAACACGGACUCCGGGACCGUGGACACCGAAAAAUUGAUGAAGCAGGUUCGACCCUCCUCGGCAAAGGCCUUCGCGAAGCCCAUCCCGGCCACAAUCAAGGGCAAGGUGAUGGUCUGGAAGGCUCGCUUUCCGUGGCUCUCCUACAAGAAGAGCGAGGAGCGGCGCAACUACGGCUGGUGUAAGCUCUGUGAAGUUUCGGUUUUCAUACCGACCUCGAAGUUCGCUUCGAAACACCAGCGCUCCACUCGACACAUUCGCUUGCGCAUUGAGCGCAAGAAGGCCGGAGCAGUCUCUCCAGAGACAACGUCUGCAAAGAACUCUGAUAACAUCUCCGCUGCAGUGGCCACAGCAGCUGCGCUGACAACUGGAGAAGCGAAACACAAAGCAGCCAUGGCAGAGCUGCAGGCCAAGUACAAUUGGCUCGAGCCGGAUGCCAACGACGAGAACCACUGCCACUGCCGAAUCUGUGAAACUCGUCUGCCCAUCAAGCUCUUCUACUUGCGGCAGCACGAUUCCUCCCGCAAGCACUCUGAAAACCUCGAGAGGCAAAAGGCGGCCGCCGUUCCCCCUCCCCCGGCGGCAUCUCACUCCACUUCAGAGGCUACGGCCGAGGCCGAGGUGCAGGAGUCCGGCCUGGAAGUCGACAAAGAGAGCGACGCCGAUCUGAGUCUGAGAUCUGAUGGUAGUACGGCAGAGCCCCCCUCAAAACGUUCCCGUCGAUCGAUGGAAGUACGCCGCAUUCUGCGCGCCCUGCGAGACUCCAUGGGCAGGCGGCAGGAUGAGCGGAGCCAGCUAGACAUGGCCAAGGACAUGAUCUGCUCAUCCUUUGACAUUGUUUCGCGCCUGCGAACUCUCGAGCGAGAGACUGUCGCGCCGACGCCUGGCCAACCCAACGAUGUCUCCCUGAAAGCUCCAGAACCCCGACAUGUAGUGGAUCUGUUCUUCGAUAGCAUUGCCCCUACCAUGAAGGCACUGCCAGCCGAUCUGGCGGCUGAGGGAAAGGCCAAGAUAAUGCAGUUGGUGUGCGGGCUGGAGGUGAAAGCCAUGCAAAGAACUUCUGCUGCUGUGCCUGGCAGCAGUUCUGGAUCCGGGUCGACAGCUGAUUCCUUGCCAACAGCCAAAUCUCCACCUAAUGCUGCUAAUCCGGAAGUCCCUUCCAGUGUAAUCACCAUACCGGACGAUGACCAAAAAAUCCAAAACAACAAUGAGCAGCAGGGAAGCCCGUCUAAAAGGAAAAGCACGGGAACCUUUACUCCAGUAACCCUGAAUGGCAACCACAACGAUGUGGCCGAGAACUUGCGGCGCAUGCUGAACAAUACCCAAAUAAAGGUGACGAAUCGCCAGGACCCGGAAGCCGUUCGUUGUGUGCCGCUGGACAAGCUCACCUCGCUGGGACGGAUUAACGGCGGUCGACAUAGCAUCGGCAGUGCAUUGGAGGCGUCUUCCAACCAGCCAACAGACUUGAGCAACGGAAAUGCAGUGGGCUCGUUGCGGCAAAUACGCGUAAACAACAAUAACAACUCGAAGAUAAUAAGUUUACCAAAACCUAUACAGCAGCCACAGUUGCAGCAGCAACACCAUCAGAUGCAGCCGCAAAUGCAGCAGCAACAGCUCCAGCAACACAUUCAAUCAUCUUCAGCCAUGAUACGUAACAACUUGACCAGCAACGGGGCACAACUGCCUCAAUACCGGCCGAUGAUUAACCACAAUCGCCGACCAUAGAAUAUAAGUAAUAUACGCAUAUUGUUAAUCCCCUAUCCAUAGCCAUAAAUUUCGUCAUUGUCAUAUAUUUAAUUUCACUUAUUCAGACUCGGAUUCGGAUUUUUUGUGUGUUGUAGAAGAUAAAUGCUGGACAAGCAUGAUUGAUUUAAAAGUCAGUGACCAAAAGAAAACUUAUAUUUUUUAUGAUCCCUUCUAGAUUCCUAAAAAUAUGCACACGAUCUUUAGUUUCUAGUUCUAUCACCAAAAUGAAUCUGUUCGUAUGGAGGAAUAUGCAUGUUUUCUUUCUUUUUUUUUUGCCGAGCCCAUAGGGGUUUUGUUUGAGAAACAUUCCCGCCCAGUAAAAACUAAUUUAAAAUUGUUAUAAGCACUUGAAAAAUUGGAUCAACUUAUUUAGUUUACUGACUUUUGCGAAGUCCAAAUAUAAUUACACUGUAUGUCUUCAA